GCUCGGCGGUGGACUAGCGAGCCUGGGUGGAGGCGCUCGGCGCUCCGCUGGCCGGGAGCGGGGCAGCGGCGGGCGCCAUGCGGGCACCGCGGCCCUGUGGUGUUUGCGGGGCGGCCGGGGCGGCCAAGUACCGCUGCCCGCGCUGCGCCGCCGCCUACUGCUCCGUGCCGUGCUGCAGGGCCCACAAGGAGCGAUGCGCGCCGGAGCGGGAGCCGGAGCGGGAGCGGCCGGCGGGCGGCCAGGCCGGGCAGGCGGCAGACAGUCCCUGGUCGGUGGAGGACAUCCUGACGGAGGGUGACGAGCAGGACCGCGUCCCGCUGCAGAAACUCAAGCUUUUAGGGGAAUCAAGAGAACUGAGAGGCUUGCUUCUGAAUCCACAUCUCAGGCAGCUACUGCUGACAGUCGAUCAAGCAGAAGAUAAAAGCUCCCUCAUGAAAAAGUACAUGCAGGAGCCGUUAUUUGUUGAAUUUGCAGACUGCUGUUUGAGAAUCAUUGAACCUCCGGAGAAGGAGAACAUUCUUCCUGAGUGAGCUACUUUGGGAACAUUUUUCUUUUCUUGGGACUUUUUCUGUCUGCCAGGAGAGAUUCAACAGCACCCUGCGCUACUGUGGGGCACCAUUCUGUGGGUUUCCUCAAGGUUUGGUCAUACUUUGCUCGUGGAUGUCAGUGCUGCUCUAAUUUUCAAUUUAGAGUUGUUAAGCAAUGACAUAGUUGUGUUGGAAUGAUUUCUAGAUGCUAGGAAUUAAACUUCAUGUUCUGUGGA